AUGUCUCCUACCGACCACGCAAAGAGGAAGUUCGACGGAGGCCCUGCGACUGAGAUACCGAAGCGCGUUAAGACCGGCCCUUUCGUUAUGGACGACGACGACGAUGAGGAUGGGGAAGACAAUGGCGUAUUCCAGAGUGAUUCUAAACCUGACCUUCUCUUCCAGGGCCUGAACGAUGAAGCUCAGCCGCAAUCUCGACUCGAAACGUUCAAUAACAUUUGGAAGAGUAACGCAGGGCUUCCCAACGACACUUCUACGAAUUUACCAAAGGUUACCGAGCAGUAUACAUCUGUUCCGAUCAAGACCUGCUCUGGGAAAAUUAAAUAUGUACGACGAAGAACGAGACAAGAAAAUAUCUCCUACGAGAGAUUGAUCGCCGAAAGAUCCGCCACAGCCCCAGGCAAAGCAACUAGAAGUUAUUACGGAAUUGACAUCCACAAACUUAUCGACGAGGCGAAGGUACUAGCACCAUCAGCACCAACUGUCGUACCGUCAAUCGAAACUCCAGUUCUUGCUCCAGGAGCUACAAGGGCCGCCCAUCGACUGUGGACAGAGAAAUACCGAGCCAGGAGUUUUAAAGAUCUUAUUGGAGAUGACCGAACACACCGCACUGUGCUCCGUUGGCUAAAGGCCUGGGACCCCAUCGUCUUUCCGGGGUUGACAAAGCCAAAGGCCAAAAAGGGGUCUCUCGCAAACGAGCCGGAAGAACGAACACAUCGCAAAAUUCUUCUACUCACGGGCCCUCCGGGACUAGGAAAGACGACAUUAGCCCACGUGUGUGCAAAGCAAGUGGGAUAUGAAGUUCUCGAGAUAAAUGCUAGUGAUGAAAGAAGCCGAACUGUGGUGACAGGGAGAAUUAAAGAUGCCGUCGGUACUGAGAACGUUAAAGGCGUUACCGUUAUUGAAGACGGCAGGGUUGUCAGAAAACCAGGCAAACCCGUCUGCGUUAUCAUUGACGAGGUUGAUGGCGUUGUCAGUGGCUCCGGUGGAGGAGGCGAGGGAGGCUUCAUGAAAGCUCUCAUUGAUUUAGUCCAACUAGAUCAAAAAAAUUCGGCAAAAUCAAACGCAGAUGGGCAUGUGGCAGCGAAAAAGAACAAAAAGAAAGGAGACAAAUUCCGUCUGCUACGUCCUCUCAUUCUAAUAUGCAAUGACGUUUACCACCCCAGUCUUCGACCUCUGCGCCAGGCUUCAAUUGCAGAAAUUAUCCAUGUUCGUCGUGUGCCAUUCGACCAAGUUGUACAGCGCACGAAAAACAUAUUUGAAAAGGAGGGCAUUCAAUGUGACGGAGACGGCGUCAGAAAACUAUGCGAGGUCACCUGGGGGGUGAGCGGUGCCAGAAACCAGGCCCUUAGCCGGGGCACGGGUGAGGGUGAUAUCAGAGGUAUUCUGGUUGAAGCCGAGUGGGUAGCACACAAGCUCCGAUACGAUGGCUUUACCUCUUCUACAAGAUUAACUAAACUAUGGCUGGAACGACACAUCCUGAGCGAACAUUCAGGGAACGGAUUAUCCCGUGGUCUUGGCCGCGGUGGAGCGAAGGAAAUCGUCAGCAGGGUCUUUCUUGAUGGAGCUGGUUUCCCGCAUGAUCGACAGGAUAACCAGGGGUUUCAAGACCCGUCCUCGAAAGAGAAGAGCAAGGCGCCUGUGGGGGUAGCAGAGCUCCGUAAGCGCGCAGCGAUCAACCGACUGAGGGAAAUGAUCGAUGCUUCAGGCGAAUAUGAUCGCUGUGCUACGGAGUGUUUUCUUACAUACCCUAACCAAACCUUCCAGGAUGAUACCCUUCUCUCCAAACCGAAUGCCGCAUAUGACUGGCUCUGCUUCCAUGACCUGAUAUCCUCCAAGGUCUUCUCGAACCAAGACUGGGAACUAAAUCCCUACCUGAGCCAAGCCACAAUUGCUUUCCACCACCUCUUCGCUUCGUCACACAAGUCUGGAGAUGGGUCAAAGAUGGACAUCGAUAAUGACGGGGAAGACGAACAUCCAUUUGCCGGCCCGCGAGCAGAUUUCGCUGCGUUUGAGGCCGAGAAACAGAACCGCGCCAUCCUCGUAGAAUUUCAAUCAUCCUUAUCUGCUCCCCUGAACCGGACGUUCCACUCUGCCGAAACUGUCGUUACGGAGCUAGUUCCGAGUUUAACACGCAUGUUGGCACCGGACAUCAAACCCACUCUCGUUGGAAACUCUGGCGGGCAAGGUGCUGUUGCCAGCGUGCGCAAAGACAGUGAACGGACCUUGCUUAAGGCAGCUGUUGGCAUAAUGCAUGCUCUAGGCGUGACGUUCGAGAAAACGAAGCUUGAGACGGAAGCUGGUGGGCAUGGUGGUUUUAUCUAUAGGAUGGAACCGUCACUCGAUUCUCUCAAUAGCUAUUCAAAGGUAAAGGGCACCGCCUUCGCAUCGGGCAGCACGUCAGCCCCUGUUCGAUAUGCAGUCCGCCAAGCACUUGACCAAGAAUACCGCAAGAGCCUGAUCAGAAAGCAAUCAGAAGCUCAGCAUUCUCGCGUCGGUGGGCCACCACGCUCGGCGAGAAGUAGUAACGACAUGGAUGGUGCAAAGGACAGUAAAGACAUGCAAGCCAAAGCCGGCCGAUCUACAGGACCAAAGCGUGAUUUCUUCGGAAGAGUAAUCCCUGAGAGACCAGCAGGGCGGCCCUCGGAUACAGGGAAAGCAGGUCAAGGGACAGGCAGAAAUGCAAACUCUGGUGAUGCGGGUAAGAAGUCGAAGACGGCCUGGAUCAGUUACCAUGAAGGCUUUUCGAACGCGGUCAGGAAGAAGAUCACGAUGGCUGAACUGUUAUCUGGGCUGUAA